CCCCCUCCUUCUACGUCUGUUCUGAUUGAAAAGCUUCUCUUACACAUACAUGUAAGCGCAUGCUUCCAGGAGCCUUUAUAAAAACACCCUUCACCCCACAUUGCUGAAUCAGUAGCAGAACAAUCUCAUCUUAUUCACCCCUCCUCUUGCGAAGCUACUGACUGCCCCACAAGAUGGUGAAGUACGGCCUUGACUACACAAGGUGCAGAUGGAUCUUACCUCUGCUCUUGGGCAUAGGGGUCAUCUUUGGCAUCAUUGGGCUGGCUGGCUGGGCCUGGCUGGAGUCAGCAACGGUGCCGUAUGUACAACGAGCGUCGUUAUGGCAGACUUGUACGAGAGCUGACGAAAAUUCAGAGUGGACUUGUGAACCCCUCACCACAUGGGCCUGGGCAAGAGGUGCUAUUGGAACAAUCCUUACUGGCUAUAUCAUUUUCGUCAUCUGCUUUGCCCUUGCCAUCAUUGCAUUUGCUGUCUCUUUACUUCGGUUCAACUUUAUCCGAGGAAUUGGAGGCUUGCUCUUUGUUUCUGCUCUGUUCCUGAUUAUGGGCUUAGUCAUUUACCCGGUGAAUUACACAGAAACCAUUAAUAUCAUAGAAGUUGGUGCAUUUGGCUGGUCCUAUGGCUUUAUGUGGACCGUUGCUAUUAUGGCAAUAGGUCUGGCAUUCUUCUUCUGCUGCCUCCCCAACUAUGAAGACCAGAUCCUGGGAAAUGUCAAGCCUGAUUAUUGCUGUGGUACCCCGUAAACACUAGGAACAGAAGCAGCUGACAUUUGCAUUCCAAAGAUACUUACAGACUACCCUAGUUUUCAAAAGUAUUAUCAUCAGGUAUGAGUAGAAAGGUUUGGCAAGUUUGAUUUGUUUUCACAUGAAAGUAGAGAAAGAAAUGCGAGUUUUAGAAUGGAAGAUUUAAAUGAUUCUGUAUUUUCACAUCCAAUUUUUUUAGGACUUAUUAGUCUGCAUACUCAAUAUGCUUAUACUUAAUUACUCCAUGAAUUCUCACAU